CAAACAUAUAUAGAAAACAUCACAUAUUCUUACAAUAAUUUAUUUUAAUCAGUCAUCAGUACAGUAGAUUUUGCAGAGAUCGAUUUUACAAGAGAAAAAUAAAACCAUGUCGUCGCUUCAAAUGCCCUUUGGCAAUCCAAAUGCAGUGAUCAGCCCCAAUUACUGUGCCCCUCAGCCCUUUCAACUUUCCAUGAAGAAGAAACACUAUUUCCUUAGCAGCCGUGAAUAUGAAGUCAAAGAUGAUAAAUAUGGCAGAUUCCUCUUCAAGGUCAAAAGGAUCAAUUCCUUCUUCAGUAGCAAGGUGGUCAUCUAUGAUGCUGUCGGAAACCCAAUCGUUACUCUACGCCCAAAGGUAAAUUCAAGACGUAGCAGAUGGCAAGUGUUUAGGGGAGAAAGCAAAGCAAACACAGACAUUAUAUUCAGUGCUAGAAUUUCUUCAUCAUUCCAAUUUAACAGAAACUUAGAUGUGUUCUUACAGAAUAACAUAGGGGAAAAGAUUUGUGACUUCAAGAUGAAGGCAUCCAACUCUGCCAACACGUGUGAUAUUUAUGGACCAUCUUCUUUGUUGAUUGCUCAGAUGAAGAGGAAGGGCAUAUUCUUUGGAAGGAACCAUUUCAUGGUGUCUGUGAAACCAAAUGUGGACUAUGCCUUCAUUGUUGCACUCAUUGUUAUCCUUGAUGAGAUUGUGAAUUCAGAUUGAAAAACUCAAAUUUCUCUUCUACUAUUAUUAAUUAUGUUAUCGUAGCUGAGUAAGAAGGAUGACAAUGACAAGGAAUCGACUUGAUAUUAUUAGAGUUAAUUUCAUUUUUCGUCCUAGAUUUAUAGGUGACCGUUCAC